AUGAGUGAGCAGUUGAAAGGCGAUGAUGAGGACGAGGUGCUGGCCGAGCUGGGCUACCGCGUCAGGCGGCUGCUGGGCAGGGGGACGUACGCCAAGGUGCUGCUGGCGGAGCUGGCGAGGCUGUCGGAGGAGCCGGAGCGCCUGCGCGCGGCGCUGGCGUGCAAGGUCAUCGACACGACGCACGCUCCCCGCGACUACGUGCGCAACUUCCUGCCGCGCGAACUCGAGAUCCUGGGCCACGUGCACCACCCACACAUCGUGCACAUACACAGCAUCUGGCAGCGUCGUGCCAAAUACUACAUCUUUAUGAGGUUUGUGGAGCGUGGCGACUUGUUGGACUACGUGCUGAAGAAUGGUGCCGUGUCUGAGGAGCAGGCUCGCAUCUGGAUCCGGCAGGUGUCGCUCGCCCUGCAGUACCUGCACGAGAUGGACGUGGCGCACCGUGACCUCAAGUGCGAGAACAUCCUCAUCAGCUCCAACUACAAUGCCAAGCUGGCGGACUUUGGAUUCGCGCGCAGAGUCGUGAACGCAAACGGCAUUCUGAUGCCGAGCACCACGUACUGCGGCUCGCUGGCGUACGCGCCACCGGAGAUCAUCGAGGGCAAGCCGUACAACCCCAAGGCGGCGGACGUGUGGUCGCUGGGCGUGGUGCUGUUCGUAAUCCUCAACAAGGCGCUGCCCUUCGACACGACCAGCGCCAAAAAGCAGCACCUGCAGCAGGUGACGCGCGACUGGCGCUUCCGCUCCAAGGUGGUGCCGCUGCUCAGCGACCACGUCAAGCUGCUCGCCGCACAGAUGCUCGAGCCCGUCACCACGAGCCGGCCCACCAUCGACCAGGUGCUGGAGUCGCCGUUCUUCGCCAUGGAGCCGCGCAUGCGCUCCCUGACGGCGGACGAGGCGAGCGCGCUGCAGACGCCGCCGCCCACGUACGACGUCUCCGUGCACUCAGAGGUCGACCCCGAGCGCUCGAGCCACUUCCGGGCCAGCAGCGGGUCCGACUCGUAG